AUGAAUUCAGAAUCCGUGCCAAAUACUUUACUCGAAACAAAUUCACUUCAACAAGUACGAAAACGUACUUUUUCGCAUUGGUCACAUCGUAUCAUUCAAUCAAGUACACAAAUGAUUGAAGCUGGAUUUUUUUAUUGUAAUCUUGGUGAUCGAGUAAUAUGUAUCUAUUGUAAUCUAAUUUGUCAACAAUGGACACCAGAUACAGAUGAUCCAUGUGAAGUACAUCAAACACUUUCACCUAAUUGUGCAUAUGUCAAAGCAAAAUUAAUACGUCCUGCAGCUUCAUUAGAAAUGCCAAAACAUUUUGCAUCAUUUGCAACAUGGUCAAAUGAAGAUUUACCAUCAGUAGAUGAUUUAGUUCGAGCAGGAUUUUUCUAUACAGGUACAAAAACUAUUGUUACUUGUUUUUAUUGUAAUGGAUCAUUACAAAGUUGGCGUCCAAAUGAUAAUCCAUUGAUUGAACAUGCUCGUCAGUGUCCAAAUUGUACAUAUGCUCAACAAUUAUGUGGUGAUGAUUUAUAUCGAAAAAUUCAAGAAUCUAAACAAACACAACAAGAAGGUGUGAGAAAUAAUGAAAUAAGAGAAAAAGCAGGUUCUAGUGGUAUUUUAAAUACUAAUCGAACUAUAAAUAGUCGACUAUUAUUAAUACCUGAUGAUCGUACUUUUUCAAGACUUGUUACUGCUCGAUUAGAUUUACCGAUGUCAC